AUGUCCGAAAAGAUCCGAUCUGAAAGACUGGCCAAAUACCUCGGAGCCGUGCUCCAUGGUAGGCAGGAAGUCAAAGACCUCCCCAACUUCAAGAGACUGAUACAAGCCAUUUUGAACCACGACAACCACUGUGCCAUCAUUGAACGACUUAUAGCUAGUCCAAACGCCAUGGAAGCUCUUCGAAAUGGCUUGAGAUUCAACAUCACGCCAGUAUUUAUCAACGACUUCACGGCAAAGUUCGUUCAGUUCUUAAACGACCCAGCAGUAAAGCUUCUUGGCAACGGCCUAAUUCUUCAACAACUCCUCUUGAUUAUAUUGGAGCCCCGCACUCUCUGGAAUUCACUCAUGAGAGCCUUUUGCGCCCGAGAGCUGGAUGACAACGCAACCCACGCUCUAUGUUGGCUGACCACGGAGUUGCUGUCUUUGCCCAGCUCACUCGGGGUGAAUAUCAGGGCAGAUGCUCAAACCAUCGUCAAUCAAGACCACCUUUUCUCAUCUCCGCUCGCCCGCCUACGGAACUUGGGGCACAAGAUAAAAUAUCUUCUCGAAAUGAAAUCCUCCGCAACCGCGUCGUCCUCCGAGAUCACAGCAGGUGGCCGUCAUGAUAACGACUUCGCUGAUUUCCGUUUGACAGCCAUAUUGCCCACCGCAGAUGAGAUAAGUUGUACCGAGAAGCCGUUCUACCGUGGGGCGGAGGAAAUCGCGCAGCUAUGUGGCAGCCAACGCAUCGCGGGCCAUGUGGACAAUCAAUUCCGCCUCUUGAGAGAAGACAUGCUUUCGGGCCUUCGCGAUGAUUUCCAAAUUGCACGUGGCGCCAAAAGAGGGCGUCGAUCUGCUUUCCACAUUCGUGGCCUUUCAUUGUCAUCCUUCAGCUGUUCUUCAAAAGACGAAAAAUACUUUCGGCCAUGCACCCUAGGCGUGACUUCAAAAUCGGGCCUGGAAAGGAUGAAAGGCAUGCCAAAGGAUGCCAGAACGAAAUUUUUGAAGGACACUCCGCAAUUUGUCAAGCAUCGCUCAUUUGGAUGUUUGCUCAAAGACAUGGAGAUUGUGGCUUUCGCCGUGAUUGAUCGAGAUAUCGAUGCACUAGCUUCAGACCCACCGGUGGUGAUGCUGCGCGUCGAGGGCGAGGAUGCUUUGAACAAGGCCCUCCUUUACCUCAAGCUUUACGACGAUGUGGAAUUUCUAGUGGUGAACACAGCAACGUUUGCAUACGAGCCGAUAUUGAAAUGCUUACAAGAGAGAGUCGAUUUUCCUCUCACAGGGGAGUUGUUUCUUUAUGAAAAAGGGCAACCAGCAAAGACAUCAGACCUUGCUCCCUGGAGCAUUAUCAACGGGUUGAAAGGAGAGUACAGACGUGACAUCCAGGAUAUUCUCAACACAUCCCAGCGUGUAACACUGGACGCCUCGCAGACUGAGUCUCUGCUCGUGGGCUUGACCCAAGAAGUCAGCCUGAUCCAAGGACCUCCAGGAUCUCUUCUUUCCAAAGCUCUUCAUGACCACACCCAGGAGAAGAUACUCGUCAUGUGCUACACCAAUCAUGCUUUGGACCAGUUCUUAGAGGAUUUGUUGGACAUUGGAAUCGAUUCAUCUGCCAUCGUUCGACUGGGAUCCAAGUCCACACCGAAAACAUCGCAGCUCAGUCUCAAGAUGCAACACGUGGCACGCAAAAGAUCCCAAGCAUCCUGGGAUAUCAUCAAUGCAUUACGCGAUGAGGCAAGGAAACAAAAAGAAGAGUUUACCAAGACUUUCCAAGCAUACAAGGGGCUAUCGGCCGAUGCACUCUCAAUUCUAAGCUAUCUCGAGUUUGAAGAGCCAACCUUUUUUGAAGCCUUCAGCAUCCCUGAAGAUGGAAGCGGAAUGAAAGUGGUUGGUAAGACCGGAAAAGCGAUUCAGGAGGACUAUCUGUUUGACCAAUGGGCGACGGGGAAAGACCCAAAGCACCUGACAAAAUUGCUUCCUGACCGAUGUCACAGCAUUUGGACAAUGGAGCAGAAGCAGCGACAAGAAAAGAUCGAAUCCUGGAGCCGUGCAUUAUUGAAGGAACAGGCCACGUCCCUGGGCUUGCAGAUCACAAUGUUUGACAAGUGCGAGAAAAGGCUAAGCGCGGUACUUGGUGAAAAGACGAGAGACAUCUUGAAAGGAAAGCGAAUCAUCGGCUGUACAACCACAGCUGCCGCGAUGUACUCAGAUGACUUGCGAUGUGCAUCCCCCGGAAUCGUGCUUCUCGAAGAAGCGGGCGAGAUUCUGGAGUCUCAUGUCCUCACAGCUAUUUCACCCGAUACCAAGCAUCUGAUUAUGAUCGGAGAUCACUUGCAGCUAAGGCCCAAGAUCAAUAGCUACAGCCUCAGCGCAGAAAAGGGAGACGGUUAUGAUUUGAAUGUAUCUUUGUUCGAAAGACUCAUACAUGCUGGUUACCCACACACAACGCUGCUCAAACAACACCGAAUGUGUCCGGAAAUCUCCAAGCUUGUGCGAAGUCUCACGUACCCUGGAUUAGAGGACGACGAGAAAACAAAGACCCGUCCUAUGCCGAGGGGUCUUUGCGAUCGAGUCAUAUUCUUCAAUCAUGUGAACACCGAAGACGAAUUCACAGAGAUCUCUGAUAGACGAGACGAGGGAUCAAAGCAAUCGAAGAAGAACAUUUUUGAGGCAAAGGUUGUCUUAAAGAUUGUCAAGUAUCUUGGACAGCAGGGCUACGGAACCGACCAACUGGUCGUCCUAACACCAUAUCUAGGUCAACUAUCGCUUCUGAGGGAAGUAUUGAGCAAACAGAAUGACCCAGUUCUCAAUGAUCUCGAUUCUCACGAUUUGGUACAAGCGGGUCUUUUAUCGAAAGCGAGCGCUACGCACUCUAAGAGACAGAUCAAGAUUUCUACCAUCGCCUAA